CAGCGGCGGCCGUGGGCGUGCCGGUGCGGGGCCCUCCCCCAGAAGAUGGCGAGUCCGUGCGGGCGGCCGGAGUGCUCCAUUGAGAGGCGCGGCUUCCGCCACCAGCUCGACUCGUGGCGACACAAGCUCAUUCACUGUGUAGGGUUUGAAAGUAUUCUAGAAGGGCUGUUUGGACCUGGAUUAUUAAAAGAUCUCUGUUUGUUUAAAGACUGUGAGCCCGAAGGUGUUUCUGAUUGGUCUUUUGAUGAAAAUUGUCUUUUCUGCUGCUUGCGAAGAGAAAAAGUGAAGGAACACCUACUCAGUCUGGAUGAGCCAGCUUCGGAAGCUGGGCAAAAAGCUCUACUUAGACAAGAGCAAGCAAAAAUCAUUCGGUUUGAGAGGCAAGCAGAAGAGUUCCUCAAUGCAGUCUUUUACAGAAAAGACAGUCCUGGGGUCUCUGACCCCAAUAUUCCCCUAGUGGCCCGGGAGAUCAUGCAGCGAAUGAUCCGACAGUUUGCUGCUGAAUAUACCUCAAAAAAUAGCUCUACUCAGGACUCCAGCCAGCCCAAUAGCACAAAGAACCAAAGCCUGCUGAAAGCAUCUCUGGUCGCCUCCUCUCCCACGGCUGCAACUGCUCAGAACCCUGUGCUCAGCAAACUUCUCAUGGCUGACCAAGACUCGCCUCUGGACCUUACUGUCAGAAAGUCUCAAUCAGAACCUAGUGAACAAGACGGAGUGCUUGAUCUGUCCACUAAGAAAAGUCCUUGUGCCGGCAGCACCUCUCUGAGCCAUUCUCCAGCCAGCUCCAGUACUGCAGGGAAUGGGCGACCUGGGAGACCCAGCCAGCACCAUCCAGAGGGACUUCGGAGUGGUGAUGGGGUACCUCCAAGAAGCUUGCAAGAUGGAACCAGGGAAGCUUAUGGCCACUCCACAUCUCUUAAAGUUCCACUGGCUCGAUCACUACAGAUUAGCGAAGAACUGCUGAGCAGAAACCAGUUUUCUACAGCUGCCAGCCAUGGGCCAUCUGGACUGCAGAAUCAUGGACAGCACUUAAUAUUAUCCAGGGAGGCUUCUUGGGCAAAACCACACUAUGAAUUCAAUUUCAGCCGCAUGAAAUUCAGGGGAAAUGGUGCACUCAGCAACAUCAGUGACCUUCCUUUUCUUACAGAAAACUCUGCCUUUCAAAAAAUGGCACUUCAUACUAAACAGGAUGGGAAAAAGGAUGUGAGCCAUUCAUCUCCUGUGGAUUUAAAGAUACCACAAGUUCGAGGCAUGGACCUUUCAUGGGAGUCCCGCACUGGUGACCAGUACAGCUAUAGCUCUUUGGUAAUGGGUUCACAAACGGAGAGCGCGCUUAGUAAAAAGUUAAGGGCUAUCCUUCCAAAACAAAACAGGAGAAGUUUGCUGGAUGCUGGACCAGAUUCCUGGGGCUCAGAUGCUGAGCAGUCUACCUCUGGACAGCCAUAUCCCACCUCUGAUCAAGAGGGAGAUCCUGGCUCCAAGCAACCUAGGAAGAAAAGAGGGAGAUACAGACAGUACAACAGCGAGAUACUGGAGGAAGCAAUCUCUGUGGUUAUGAGUGGGAAAAUGAGUGUUUCCAAAGCUCAGAGUAUUUAUGGGAUUCCCCACAGUACACUGGAGUACAAAGUUAAAGAGAGGCUGGGCACUUUGAAAAACCCUCCAAAGAAAAAAAUGAAAUUAAUGAGGUCGGAGGGGCAGGAUGUUUCAAUAAAGAUGGAAUUAGAUCCCCAGGGAGAGGCAGCACAAAGUGCGAAUGAAUCAAAAGAUGAGUAGGGAUGUUGUAGAGUGCCAAUUACUUUACAGACUGGGUGAGCACUACUGCAUUGUUCAGCUACUACUGAGUGCACCUGACUCCCCUCUGUUUACUGUGACGCUUGCUUCUUUGCAGUUUAGCAUAGACUCGUGUGGGCACAGGUGAAAGGUGUGCUCUGAAUGUUGCAUAUUUGUAAAUUUUCGGGCACGGUAUGGCUCGGAUCCUUUUUUCUUCUUUUUCUUUUUCUUUUUCUUUCUUUUUCUUUUUUUUUUUUUUUUUUUGCCUUUUGCAUGUUUCUCUAUUGUUCUAUGGAGAAUUGAGUUACCUCACAAAGAAUGCAGACAUGUGGAAGUAGACUCCUUGCUUGUGGAGCCUGUACUUUUUCUUUUUUCUUUUCAUAUUUGCCUUUCAAAACCAAGUCCACUUUGUGAAACUGAUUCUCUCUAAUGCCAGAUAUUUUUGAAUGAGAAUCAAGCUAUUUUUUGUAAUAAUUUGAAAAGCUUCACAAAUUCUUCAGAACUCUUUUCCCUUCUUGGAUCCAGUUGAUUGAAGGAUUAAGCUAACACAAGCUCUUUAGGAAUGAAAUCUUUUGAACUUGGAGAUGAGUAAUCAAUUGGGUCUAAUUAGGUUUCUGCCGUUUUCUGUCUAAAUUAAUUUACCAUUAGCAGUCUGCUUAGUGCUCACCCAGAGGGGAGGGGUGGGGAAACUUACAUACACUACCUUCGGAAUACUUUGGUUAACUACUUUGUAACACUACCUUCACUGUCAUUUUGUUUGAUAUUUUAUAAAGGUGAGAUUUAGACUCACCUGUUUAAGGAUGUAGCCUUAUCUCACGGAAGACAAGCUCCUUUUAGUCAGGAGCAGUCAGGGUACACUAAAUGAUGUAUUGGGGUAUGCCUCAUUUUAACAAAACUAUGGUUCUUUGUAACCUGUCACUUUUUACAGACUUGAUUCUGAGUUUACUAAACUGCGGUUCCAACAACUAGGUUAAAUGAUUCUGAACUGGGGAGUGGGGGUACACGUAACAAAUUACUGUGAUCUUGCAUAAAACAAAACAGUGAUCUCAUAAACUUUACAACCUCUCUAGUCUGCCCAAAUAUCCACAUUAAUGAAGGAUCUGUGUUAAUGUUCAGGGACGAAAUGAAAACACACAGGUAGCCUGAUCUGAUUUAGGCUCCACAUCAUAUCUAGCUGUAAUGCUGUCAGGGUUGAACACCCAAUGGGUGUUUCCUUUUUAAAUACUACAGUUGCCAGUAGCAGGAAAUGUUCUCAUAUAUCCUGCAUUUCUUUGUUUUACUUUUACCUGGUGUUGAUUUGAUAGUGGCUUAGCACACACUAGUGUUAGCAGUUAAACCUCAUAUAAACACUCCAUAAACCACAAGUCCAAUCGUUUUUAUUAUGGUAAUAUUUUUAUCGUUAUAUAGUUUCAAGAUACGUUUUGUACAAUACUCUUGUCUUUGAUAGUUUCUGCUGGAGUGAUCAGUCACCAGAUAAAGCUCACUGGAUUUAUUACAGUUUGACUAAAUCAGAAUUGCUGGUUCUUCAGGUGGAAACACUUUAGUCUUAAUUUAAACUUUGUGCAAAAGGUUUGUAGGACCACCAUUUCCCCAGUUGCACAACCAAAAGAAGUGUUGGAAUUUGUGUGUGAGAGAGCAUUAAGCACUGUUAGUGAUUCAAAGUGGAUACUAAAAGUUCAUGGGAAGAUGGCCUCCAUAGCUCCAGGGCUACUGAAUGAAUUCUGGAGCAGUUAAUUCAAUUAGCCUUCUUUUGUUUUUAUAUAUAUAUGUAUAUGUAUUUUUUCAGCAACCUAUUAUGUUCAAAGGUUAGGCACACCAUUGCUGUCAUUUUAAAUAUGCACUGCUCAUUCUUGAGAUGGACUGGGCUUUUGUGCCAGCUAUGCUUUGUUUUUGUUUUUUACUUAAUGUCAACACUCAAAAGUCUGGUUCCUCUUAGAGAUGUAGCUGCCAUCGCACCAUUUAAAGCAGUUUUAAGCUCAGUAGCAGUAUAUAAACUCUGCAAUAUAGUCCAGUUUAUCUGGAGAUUGCAAUAAAAGUGCACUGUUAAAUGUGUGAUUUCAUCUGCUGUUGGAGGUAUAGUGGAAGGUUUGCUGCAAGCUAAAAAUGUUACACUUGCAUAGAGUUUUACUGUUCAGAGAGGUUUAACGUUUUGCGGUUGUCUUUAUUUAAGUGGUGUAUGAGUUGAGUUUUAUUGCAGUGCACGUGGAGUGCUCAUUUACUCACCUCAAUAUUUUCUGUGUGUCUGUUUAAGUGGAUGACAAUCGUGCAGCAGAAGAAUGGUGUGCCUACCCUUGAAUGCUGCAGUUUAAAAAGAGAACUUGUCUUGCAUCAGUUCAGACUGUAGGCUAAGAAUUGUAAAUAGAUAGUGAAAAGUGAAGUACUCUUAUUAUUUGCUUUGGUUAGAAAGUGAAUUUUAAAAAACAAACCAAACGCUUAUCUUUCUCAGAUUAAAUGUCCUGAGACCUGAAGAUUGUAAUAUUCAAUGUCUGCGAAGCUUUUAAACAUUACACUUGAGAUCUGUGAUCAUUUAAUAUUCAGGUAAUCUUUCUUUUCUGAGAAGCUUUUGAACAACUAUAUUUCCUCCAAAGGUCUCUGUUUAAAAAGAAAAAAGGAAAAAAAAAAAAGUGUAGAUUAUUUUUAAGCACUAAUUGCAUUACGUUGGUAACUGCAAUAUAAAAUAGCCAUUAUUGUUUUGUGAAGCAUGUGAGAUUAGUUAGUGGUCCCUUUUAAAAUUUCAUGAGCCUCUCAAAAAAUAAAAACAAUUAAAAAAAAAAAGCUGCUGAAUAUUCAAAAGAUAUAUAUUUUACCUUAUUGUAGGUUUUGUAAAUUUAGUCUGUAAUAUUCAGGUGCACCUUUUAAUGUUAAAUUUUGUUGCAAAGUCCCAUCUAACAUAUUUUCUCUGAGGUGAUUGAUCACAUGACUGGUAUCACUCUAGUGCUGCAGUGACCCACUGAUGUUUGAUUUCUUUCUUUCACUACAUAUUCUUUACAGGCGCUUUCAGUGUAGCUAUCUUCGUAGUAUUUGGGAUCAUUUUAAAUAUAUAAUUGGAAUUAAUGUUUGUCCAUUAGCAUGCUUAAUUUUCUGCUGACUAGCAGUUUGCAUGUCCAGAAUUUCCAGUUGACCAUAUUUUGGUCUGGGAAGAUGUGGUUCACUGCUGUCUUUAUAACAAAGGCUUUGUUUCUCAUGUUGUUUAUGAUAAGUGGAUGUUUGUUGUUUGAAUCAGUUGGACAGGAGAUAGGGCUUAGACCUUAUUCCUCCUGGUGCUUUUGUGGGAGCACAAUGAUAGCAGAACACAGACAAAUUGCUACCCUGUGAAAAUCAAGGAGUCCGUAGGAGGUGGCCUUUCAGGUAUUUUCAGUCACUAGUUUUCUCUUGUUCCCAAGGGUAUCCAUCAGAUAUAGUCAUUGGAUUCAGAGUAUUGUUGUAUAGCACACUGAUGAUGUAGUUUUCACUUAGCUGAAAGAGGCUGAUGACAGCAAGAAACUGUGAAUCAUAUUUGUGGCAGACUCUGAAAACUAGUUUUUCAGUCCAACUAUCAUGAAGGAGAAUCCCUCUCCCUAUUCCCAUCCUAGAAAAGUAAUGUUAUAUUUUGUGUGUAUAAAGUUUUAAGAAUCAAUUUUCAUAUUGUACUGAAGUUUAGAUGUUGCUUGGUAAAUCUUUGCUGCAGCAUAUAAUGAAGAUGUGGUAGGGGUCCUGAUGUGGAGUUAAUUAUCGUACAGUUCUGGUGAGCAAGCCUGACAUGUAUGAAAUGUAUCCGUUUUUUAUUUGGACCUGUAAAAUGUAAAAGUGCUUUCUUAGAACUCUAGUGACCUAUUACAAAUUAUUACCUCACUUUCAGCCAGUUGGAUCCUCAUUCCACAAUGUAGUAGGCAUUCUUAUUGUGGCUGUUACACUUGACUCCAGCUAUAAAGAAUGGAACAUUCCAAUUAUAUAUUGUAGGGGCAUGUAGUAUUUGGGCUUUUUUUUUUUUUCCUGGUGUAGAAAGAAAGUCCUCAGAGCCCCAUGCAAUCCAUUAAAAGCUCAAGCUUCCUUUAGAAUCUCUCAUUGCUUCCUUUAGAAUCUCUCAUUGCUACUUCUGCAUUAGUCAGAUGAAGUUCCUAAAUAGCAACACAAAAAAUGUGCUCUUGCUUCUCACUGGCCCCAGGACCCAAACUUUGACUGGCACAUGCUGCUUGCUACUAGACCUGAAGUCCAGCCCUAAUAUUUCCCAUCUCAGAACACAAUUGAUUCUUAAUAAAUAUAUAUGAUUGGUGCCUCUUACAUGGUAACGAAUUCAGCUGCUCAGUCUUGAUGCAACUAUUACGUACUUUUUUGUUUGUGGCUCUUUCCUGAGUCGCAUGCCUGAGGACACUCCUGUCACACAAGAGGCAGCUGCACAUGUACAUUUAGAUUAUUCAGGAGCAGACAAAGAAUGAUUUGUGCCAGUGGUCCUGGAACAGUUUUUAUGGUAGGGGUGCUGAACAUGGAAACCAUGUAUUUGGGCUGAUUUUACUACUUCAAGCCAGGGAGUGUGGCAGCACCCCAAAACCCCUAGUUCUAGUGUUUAUGGUUUGUGCUGUGUUUCAUGGCAGACCUGCAUUUAAAAGAGUCUCUAAAUAUUUCCUUCAGGGAAGUGCAAAAGAGUAGGUUGGAUUCCUAAACAAAUUGAUUAGGGUUUUGUGAAGAUAACUGGCAAAAUGAUCCCCCUAGUCCUGGGGUUUACUAAACUCUGUACAAGCCGUAAUAACUUAUUUGCUCAUAUCAAAUUGUUUUUCAAACUGUACUGAAAAGGAUAGUUAUACUGGUGUCAGGUGGAAGGCAAAUUCCCAAGUCUUUCUGUUCAGUUUCUUUAGGAUUAAGUCUCUCUUCUUGGCUGUUCUCGAGUUUUAGGAGUGGUAGAUUAAUGUGGCCUGUAAGUGAAGGGAAUGCUGUGCAAUUCCUUUGUCUUACGCAAAAUGCAGUGUUACCAGAACUAUAAGAUGGAGAGGUCUUUUUUAAAAUAAAGACAGACGCUUAACCCUUUGGUUUAAAGAUGAUGUACACUAGCUGCAAGUCCAAACUGUAUGAAGGAGAAUUUAUUACAUUGUAUAGAAAGCUUUAUUUGUCACAAAAUGAUUUUUGUUUUAAAUUCUCUGCCAAAACGUAGUGGUAACGUUGGUAUGUUGCCUUCAUUUUUAUGAGGGUCAGGGAUAUCUUGAGGUUUUCCUUAAUAGAAAUUUCAGCAGUGAGAUUUAUGCUGGUUUAAGUAAGCCCACCUUUUUUUUUUUUUUUUUUUUUCUCAAAUAAGAUUAUAUUGACUAAUGCUAAUAUACAAAUUAUAUCUAUCAACUUCUCUUUCGGUGACUAGUUUUGGUACUGUUAAGGUUUCCACUGCUUUUGAAUUGUAUUGAAAAUUCAAAAUUAGAUCCUGCAGAAGCUUAAACGUAUGCACUGUUAGUUAGUUGCAAGUUCAUUUUUGGAACUAGCAUAUAUUGUAAUCACGAUAUUUACUCUUUAAGUAUGUAAUAUAUAAUUGAAUUUUUCAUCAUAUCUUGAUGAUCGCUAAACAGAAAUGUUGUAGACACAAAAAAUGAUCCACAGGUACACUAUAUACAUAUACCAAAAAACCCCACAAGAAGUUAUAUGCAUACAUUCCAACAUCUGUCUUUCACAGAUUCGGGGUUUGACUUAGGCAAAAUCUGUGUACCAGUAUUACAGCCGUCUUGAAUUUCAUGUCCUACAAAAUUAUAUCCUUACUCAGGUAAUGUCCUGAAAACAUUCAUUUUAAAAUAGCCUUAUAGUAUCCUCAUGAAAAUUUCCUAGCCCAGUUGCAAAAUCUAUUUCCCCACCUUUUUUACAAUUAAGGAUUUUUUAAAAUUCUGCCCAGAAAAUUUCAUUCUCUUUCUAAAAAUAUAUUUUACUUGUCCCUAUUGAAUGGGUAAGUAGAAUUUAGCAAGAUUCUUAAGAUAAUAUAUUUGCAGAUAUGUCUGUCUGGGUGAAUAUGAUAGUGGCUGGGGUUAGGAUACAGACAGAUCCAUCAGAAGAGAAUUUUCUGUGGUCACUAGCCAAAUGAAAUCAGAUCUAGAUAUUUUCUCCACCCUAAAAUAAUGAAGACACCACUAGAGUUACUAAUACAGUUUAUCAAAUACUUGGUGCUACAUCUCAAAUGUUUUUGCAGGUGAUACUUUUAUGCUUGGUGGAAGCAAGUACAGUAAACUUUACUGUCAUUAUAAAAGCACUUGUCUGACCUGUAGUACAAUACCGGAAAAGGGAUACUUCAGCACUUUUUGCGUUCUAAUACUAAAGUCUUAAUUUAUCUGGUCUUCAGCAUCUUAGAUACUGUAAAUGUUACAAUCUAGGAUUAUUAUUAACCACUUUUCAUGUCAGAUCACAAGUUCUCAUGAGAUAUUAAUCUGGCUUUAAAGAAUACUACUACCAUAUUUUAUAAUGUUCAGGCAACUUCUAAAUAUAUAUGCUUGAUAUUUUAACGAAUCAUUUCCACAGACCAUUUCGGGGCUUGAGAUUUGGAAUCUGGGGUAACAGGGAGGGUGGAGGGAAAUUUCCCAAAAUGAAAAAUCAUUUGAAAUCAUUGUGUAGUGUUCAGUUUGAAAAAUAUAUCACUAGGAAAAUGGGUAGGGAUUCUCUCUCCCUUACACCUUCAGGGAAUGAGCAGUGUUUAGAAUCUUUUGGCUGAAAUUCAAGCCUUUUUACCAUGUAAAUUUUUAAUAUAAACUCACUGACAUGCUUUUUACGUCUGGGGACUGAAAAUAGAUCUAAAUAUUUAAGUUGUGGAAUGGUCUAUUUCUUAAAUGAAGGGGGAACAUUUAAAAAAAAACUAACUAGAUUAGAAUACCAGCAUUCGUGUGCUUAAGGAAUUUUAGUAUGUAAUAGCAAAGUAUUUGAUUAAAAACCUAAUCUUGAAUUGCUAGUCUGUAAUUAGGUGCAUUCUAAUUUAGCAGGUGACUAUUCUUUACUUAUUAAUAUGUGAUGGGCUUUUUGCAAAUAGAAACCUUUAUCUGAGUCCCAUGUGUUGCUUGUACUGAUGGGAUGUAUGCUUACAGCAGCUUACUGCUGCUUUAAAAAAUGUAUAAAAUAUGUUUGGAGUGUUUGCUCAUAACUCUUUCUAAACUCCACUUGUUAAAUUGUCAGACAUUUGGUAUUUUAUCAGUCCGCACUGUAAGUUAAACUAAUGUUCUUAGGAAUCCAGCUUGUACACACUGUUUAAAAACCCUCAGGGACAGUUUACACACUAUCCUCACUCAAUUCAGGUACUUGUACUCUAUUCUUAAACCUAGCAGUGACUUGUAUUUUGUUUUGCUUUUCUUUUGACGUGCUGAUAGCACAUCUUUGAUGAAUGUCAACUUAAAACUCAGUUCAGGUAUCCAGGUAUAACUCAGCCAAACGGAUUUUAAAGCUGCAUAUUACUCUCCAGCACACAGUGCCUCAGACACUUAUAGUGGCAUUCUGUAUAUUCAGUUACUACUGAGCAGAUCGCAUGGGGGUUCCUGUUAACUAUGUAUUGUAAGAAAUUUCUCUCUAUAUAUUAUAUAAUAUGUAUUAUAUUAUAUACAUAUAUAUUAUAUAUGUAAUCUUAAACUUAUAUAUUUUAAAAUGCCACUACUAGCCAGUGCAGCUAAAGUAAAAUACAUUCCCAGCUGCUUCUGUAAACUCUACAGAAGCAUUUCCUUCAUGUGGCUCUUGCUUCUCUUUCAUGAUAACUACUUCUAAAUUCAAGCACCGGUCCUUGGGUGUCUGACCUCUACAUUCUAGUUAUGCAAUGUCUUUAGAGAAUUCUGUGCACUGGCCACUGUGAUGGAAACCAAUGGGCCAGAAGUGCUUUGAGUUUAUUAGUAAUUGUUCUGCCAAAGUCAGUGUUGUAUGACAAGCAUGUAAACCUGUCAGAUAAUCAGCAGAGGUACAAGUCUAUAAUAGUCUGUAUAAUCACUAUCACAUAAUUGGAAAGACUAAGCCCCUGACAGGUGUCUCUUUUCUAAUGCUGAGCACUAAUUCAGAAUGUGUUGGCACUUAACAGCUGUAGUGAUGGGCCUGUCUGCUGUAUCUGCACAAGGGCGUGUGUGCGUGUGUGUGUGAAAUUUUAAGGAAAAAUCUGCUUCUUUGAACCUCUAGUAACCUGUCUGAAGUCGCAAGUCAGCAACACCUCUGCUUUAUUAUUUGAUACUUUACAUCCCAAAAGAGUUCUCUUUCUAUUUAUGUGACCCAUAGUCUUUGAUGAGUAUGGAAAAUGGCAUUUCUCUCUGACCUCUAGAAGUUCAAGUGUCAUGGGAAAAAAAACAGGAACCCCCCCUUUACUCUUAUGGACCUCAUUUCAAUAUACUGUUUACAGUUUGACGGAAUUGUAUAAUUUAAUAUUUCUCUUGUACUGUAGUUUAUAUUUAUUUACAGAUUUUUUUGUACUGUGUGAUUUUGAACUUUUGUUCCUUGCUAUGAUCAACGUUUUAUGUAGUAGAGCACUUAUGAUCACAAAUUAAGGUUUUUGGUUUGAUUGCACUACAUUAAUUUUUUUAAUGCAGUUCUGAUUUUUUGACUGGACUAAAUAAGCUGUGUCUUAAUGUAUGUGAUAAGUACUUUUAAAUUUUUAAUUCAUGUGGUCCAUUUAUUUUUUUUGCAUUGUAUGUCAGAAGCGCUAAUUCUCUUGUUGUGCAUGUGUAAGAUUUAAUGGCUCCAUUGUAUUAUUUGACCAUGUCAUUUUGGAAACACAUUCCCAGCUGUAAUGUUGUGUAUGGUAGUUUUCACUGGAUGCUAGACUUUUCAAAACCACUAUUCUUCUAAUAAAUUUUGUUGUGAAAAACUUUAAAA